CUCUGACAGAACCGGCGUGCAGGAAACCGUCCCCGUUCUUCUCGGUUUAGGUUUGAAUUUUAAAGCCUGUGAUGUCAGACUCUGGUCUUUCAUGCCAGUCUCAACAGAAUAACAUCAAGACCAGCCAGCUCUGUGAAGGAUGGGAGUGUUCAGAGGAUGAAGGUCGGAGGAUGAAGAGGAGAGAAAAGAACAGAGUUGCAGCUCAGAAGAGCCGGAAAAGACAAACGCAGAGAGCCGACGUGCUGCACGAGGCCUGUGAGCUGCUCGAGCAGAGGAACAGGAAGCUGAGGAGGGAGGUGGAUUCUCUGUCAGAGGAGCAGCACCUGCUUACCGAAGCUCUCAGAGCCCACGAGCCCUUCUGCCCCAUCAUGCACUGCUCCUUCGCCUCCUCCACCCUGCAGCCUGAGAAUAUGGCAGCCCGAUCUGUCUGA